AAGGUGGCUCAGCCGCAAGAUGGCGGCGCUGGCGGAGGAGCAGACGGAGGUGGCGGUCAAGUUAGAGCCUGAGGGACCGCCGACGCUGCUACCUCCGCAGGCGGGGGACGGCACUGGCGAGGGUGGCGGCGGCACAACCAACAACGGCCCCAACGGCGGCGGUGGGACCGUUGCGGCGUCGUCGUCGGCCGGCGGGGAUGGUGGGACCCCCAAACCCUCGGUGGCUGUCUCCGCCGUUGCCCCGGCGGGGGCGGCCCCGGUGCCCGCCGCUGCUCCGGAGGCCGGCGCUCCCCACGACCGACAGACUCUGCUGGCCGUGCUGCAGUUUCUACGGCAGAACAACCUCCGCGAGGCCGAAGAGGCGCUGCGCCGUGAGGCCCGGCUGCUAGAGGAGGCAGUGGCGGGCUCCGGAGCCCCGGGAGAGGCGGACGGCGCCGGCGCUGAGACGGCUAGCGCGCUUCUUAGUCGGGUCACCGCCUCGGCCCCCGGCCCUGCGGCCCCCGACCCUCCGGUCAGCGGUGCUUCGGGGUCCGCCGCCGUCUCGGGCUUAGCGACAGGUCCUGCGGCUCCGGGGAAAGUUGGAAGUGUAGCUGUGGAAGACCAGCCGGAUGUCAGUGCCGUGCUAUCAGCCUACAACCAACAAGGAGACCCCACAAUGUAUGAAGAAUACUAUAGUGGACUGAAACACUUCAUUGAAUGUUCCUUGGACUGCCAUCGGGCAGAGUUAUCCCAACUCUUUUAUCCCCUAUUUGUACACAUGUAUUUGGAACUAGUCUACAAUCAACAUGAGAAUGAAGCAAAAUCAUUCUUUGAGAAGUUCCAUGGAGAUCAGGAAUGUUAUUACCAGGAUGACCUACGAGUAUUAUCUAGUCUUACCAAAAAGGAACACAUGAAAGGGAAUGAGACCAUGUUGGAUUUUCGAACAAGUAAAUUUGUUCUGCGUAUUUCCCGAGACUCGUACCAACUCUUGAAGAGGCAUCUUCAGGAGAAACAGAACAAUCAGAUAUGGAACAUAGUUCAGGAGCACCUCUACAUUGACAUCUUUGAUGGGAUGCCGCGUAGUAAGCAACAGAUAGAUGCGAUGGUGGGAAGUUUGGCAGGAGAGGCUAAACGAGAGGCAAACAAAUCAAAGGUAUUUUUUGGUUUAUUAAAAGAGCCAGAAAUUGAGGUGCCUUUGGAUGAUGAGGAUGAAGAAGGAGAAAAUGAAGAAGGAAAACCUAAAAAGAAGAAGCCUAAAAAAGAUAGUAUCGGAUCCAAAAGCAAAAAACAAGAUCCCAAUGCUCCACCUCAAAACAGAAUCCCUCUUCCUGAGUUGAAAGAUUCAGAUAAAUUGGAUAAGAUAAUGAAUAUGAAAGAAACCACCAAACGAGUACGCCUUGGGCCAGAUUGUUUACCCUCAAUUUGUUUCUAUACAUUCCUCAAUGCUUACCAGGGCCUCACUGCAGUGGAUGUCACUGAUGAUUCUAGUUUGAUUGCUGGAGGUUUUGCAGAUUCAACUGUCAGAGUGUGGUCUGUGACACCCAAAAAGCUUCGUAGUGUCAAACAAGCAGCAGAUCUUAGCCUCAUAGAUAAAGAAUCUGAUGAUGUCUUAGAAAGAAUCAUGGAUGAGAAAACAGCAAGUGAGUUGAAGAUUUUGUAUGGUCACAGUGGGCCCGUCUAUGGAGCCAGCUUCAGUCCAGAUAGGAACUACCUGCUUUCCUCUUCAGAAGAUGGAACUGUUAGAUUGUGGAGUCUUCAAACAUUUACCUGCUUGGUGGGAUAUAAAGGACACAACUAUCCAGUGUGGGACACACAGUUUUCUCCAUAUGGAUAUUAUUUUGUGUCAGGGGGCCACGACCGAGUAGCUCGGCUCUGGGCUACAGAUCACUAUCAGCCUUUAAGGAUAUUUGCUGGCCAUCUUGCUGAUGUGAAUUGUACCAGAUUCCAUCCCAAUUCUAAUUAUGUUGCUACGGGCUCUGCAGACAGAACUGUGCGGCUCUGGGAUGUCCUGAAUGGGAACUGUGUAAGGAUCUUCACUGGACACAAGGGACCAAUUCAUUCCUUGACAUUUUCUCCCAAUGGGAGAUUCCUGGCUACAGGAGCAACAGAUGGCAGAGUACUCCUUUGGGAUAUUGGACAUGGUUUGAUGGUUGGAGAAUUAAAAGGCCACAGUGAUACAGUUUGUUCACUUAGAUUUAGUAGAGAUGGUGAAAUUUUGGCAUCAGGUUCAAUGGAUAAUACAGUACGGUUAUGGGAUGCUAUCAAAGCAUUUGAAGAUUUAGAGACUGAUGACUUUACUACAGCCACUGGGCAUAUAAAUUUACCUGAGAAUUCACAGGAGUUAUUGUUGGGAACAUAUAUGACCAAAUCAACACCAGUUGUACACCUCCAUUUUACUAGAAGAAACUUGGUUCUAGCUGCAGGAGCUUAUAGUCCGCAAUAAACCAUCGGUAUUAAAGACCUUUGGAAGCUACUGUUUGAAAAAGGGAGACUAAAAGCAAAUACCUCAGUGAUUAAUAUUUAAGCUACAAAGAAUGUUUUGUCUAUAUGGAUCUGGAAGUAUGCUGCUUGGAAAAUCUGAACAGGAUAGUUCCACAUUUCUAUAGCAACCACAUUUAACUAAUUUCCGUUAGUUGAAUAAGAGGUAUUAUGUUCAUGGAGGGGACAUUUAUGGUGCUUUGGAUUUUGUGGAAACUAUGCAUUGCCUGUUCAAAUGCUAUUUUAAUUUAUUUUGUUUAGAAAAAAAUCAGUUGAUUUCAGUAAUUCAUCCUGCUUCAAGAUUCAAAUUGAGUAAUA